AUGCAUAUCCAGUCAAUUCCUAUGUGGGAGGGUAGCUCCAACAACUACGCCUACUUGGUAGUUGACGACAAGUCCAAGGAUGCCGUCAUUAUUGAUCCCGCAAACCCUCCAGACGGGCAAGAUCAACUUGACAGCUAUUGUAAACACCCACCACUUGCCGAACUCGGUACCCCCAAGUUGGAUAUCAUCGGCGGCAAAGACUGCGAGGGCGUGACCAAGACUCCUGGUCACGGUGAGACCUUCAAGCUGGGUGACAUCACCUUCAAAGGUGUGCACACGCCGUGCCACACUCAAGACAGCAUCUGCUUCUUUGCGCAAGACGGAAAUGACAAGGCUGUUUUCACCGGCGACACUCUGUUCAUCGGAGGAUGUGGACGAUUCUUCGAGGGUGAUGCCAAGGAGAUGCACAAGGCUCUGAACGAACGACUUGCAGCGUUGCCCGAUGACACCGUUGUUUAUCCUGGACACGAGUACACCAAGGCCAACGUUCAGUUCGCCGCAUCUAUUUCUCAGCGCGAGGCUGUGCAGAGCCUGCACUCAUUUGCUGAGAACAACAAGGUUACCACUGGCAAGUUCACCAUUGGAGAUGAGAAGGACCCUGAGAUUCAAAAGCAGACGGGCGAAACCGAGCCCGUGGCAGUUAUGGCCAAGUUGCGUGAGAUGAAGAACAACUUCAAGUAA